AUGCUGGGCUCUACCAAUCCUCAGGCAAGCUUCUUUAUCCGCUCGUGUGCCAUUUGGAUCAACGAUUUUGUGGUGGUUCUGUUGAUUUUCGGUGAUCUUGUCCUGAAAGUGUACAAGAUUGAUGGCAAUAUGGUUAGUACUUUUAUGGGGAAGGAGUGGGCAGAAGAGAGUUCUGAUAGAGCUCCUGCUUUGGUCAGCCACGUUGAAAUCUGCAAAGAUAUUCGGGCAUAUUCAGCCAAGAUGGAUUCCACACGGCAGUUUUCCAUCCAGGAGGUCUUGGAGGAGGAAGGUAGCGAGGAGGAGGAGGAGCCAAUCACUGCACAAGUUGCGUUGGCUUCCGAUCCCAAUCUUCAACCUGCAGGGACGUUCGAAAUGGAAACUACGGAAGCUUCUGACACCAAGUUCAAAUGUGUAGGUGUUCCUCUUCUGGAUGACGAUCGUAGAACAUCGGUGACCGAGGCAGUGACAGAGGUGGAACCAGAUGCCAAAGAGGACGUUUCGGAAGUCUUUGACAUUCGUGAUGUGAUCGAAGCUCGAACCAAUGAACACAGUGCCGCCAGCGUAGCCGAGAGGAUCAAGCUUAUUGCAUUUGAGAGGGAAAUGGAACUAUCUGAGAGAAAUAUACAAAGAAAGGAUGACAAACAUCAGACUGCGAAACAAGUGGAUUUGGAUCCGCCCAGAAGUGGCCCACCAGAGGGCGAUAUCGGGGCAUCGUCGGAAGCGGGAGAUGAGGAUGAUGACACGAUCAAGCUACGCUACAAAGCAGCAAUGCUUGCUUCCCAGGAUGAUGCAGUCUAA